CUCUUCCCGGAAGCUGACAGUCAUCUGACUUUUCUUUUUUUUUUCUGUUUCCUUGUUAGCCGCAGUUGGUACUAGCCAACAAAACAAGCGUCCCACUUUGUCCCCUUCUUCUGUUUCGUCCCUCUUCUGUCUUUUCUUCGCACUCUCCGGGGACUUGAAGUAACCCCUCGUCCACCCUCCAGCGUCAUGGACGAGACGAGUCCGCUUGUCUCUCCUCUCCGGGACUCCGGUGAUUUCAGCUACUGUCCCACAGAGCCCACAAGCCCCCGAGGCGCGUUUGGAAGCACACCGGGCUCGGUGGUGCGCAUCCCGGCCGGCAGUCCUGGGCGCAACCGGGAGAGACAGCCGCUCCUCGAUCGGGACCGUGGGAGCUCGCCGCGGGAGCCCCACAGAAACGAGUUCCCGGAGGAUCCCGAGUUCAGAGAGAUCAUCCGAAAGGCCGAGCGAGCCAUAGAGGAGGGCAUCUACCCGGAGAGGAUCUACCAAGGAUCCAGCGGGAGCUAUUUUGUCAAAGACUCACAGGGGAAAAUCAUCGGCGUGUUCAAACCUAAGAAUGAAGAGCCCUAUGGCCAGCUUAACCCCAAGUGGACAAAGUGGCUCCAGAAACUUUGUUGUCCUUGCUGCUUUGGCCGUGACUGUUUGGUCCUGAACCAGGGUUACCUCUCGGAGGCCGGGGCAAGCUUGGUCGAUCAGAAACUGGAGCUCAACAUCGUUCCCAGGACCAAGGUGGUGUAUCUGGCGAGUGAAACAUUCAACUACAGUGCUAUAGACAGGGUGAAGUCUCGAGGAAAGAGGCUAGCCCUGGAGAAGGUGCCUAAAGUGGGUCAGCGCUUCCACAGGAUUGGACUGCCACCAAAGGUUGGUUCCUUCCAGCUCUUUGUUGACGGAUACAAGGACGCAGAUUUCUGGCUGCGGAGGUUUGAGGCAGAGCCAUUGCCUGAAAACACCAACCGUCAGCUCCAGCUUCAGUUUGAGCGGCUCGUAGUCCUCGAUUACAUCAUCAGGAACACAGACAGGGGAAAUGACAACUGGUUGCUGAAGUAUGACUGUCCCAUGGAUCCUGUUGGAAAUAGGGACACAGACUGGGUGGUAGUAAAGGAUCCCAUCAUCAAGCUGGCAGCUAUAGACAACGGUCUUGCCUUUCCCCUCAAACACCCUGACUCCUGGAGAGCCUACCCGUUCUACUGGGCGUGGCUUUCCCAGGCCAAAGUUCCUUUCUCCCAAGAGAUCAGGGAGCUGGUCCUGCCCAAACUCUCCGACCCAAAUUUCAUCAAAGACCUGGAAGAGGACUUGUAUGAAUUAUUCAAGAAAGACCCUGGUUUCGACAGAGGACAGUUUCACAAACAAGUAGCCGUAAUGAGGGGGCAGAUCCUGAACCUGUGCCAAGCCCUGAAGGACGGUAAAACACCCCUGCAGUUGGUCCAGAUGCCUCCAGUAAUUGUCGAAACAGCCAGAGCACCUCAGAGAGCCAACAGUGAGUCCUACACACAGAGCUUCCAGAGCAGAAGACCCUUCUUCACCUGGUGGUAGGAACAGCUCGCCAAAGAGGAAGAAGAGAAACAGCAGGAAGCCGGAGCGAGGAAAGAGAGAGUGAGAAGUGUUGAUGUGUGCAGAUGGAAGACUGGGCAGAAUCUGAGAGCACCAGUGUCUGGUCCCAGAAAUGGAAAUAACCAUCACCCUCCCAUCCUCUCCUUAUGGAUAUUUUAAUUACACAGUGAGUGAGUGGGUGGAGAGACGAGGCCAAGAGAGGAAGAAUUUCAUAACAUAGCUUCCUUUGUCUGCCUCCGUGCCUUGUGUGGAUGUCGAGGAAGAGUUAAUGCCUAAAUGAUAAAGAUUCUGUACCGUCCGUUGAGAGGCAGAAAGAUUUCAGUGAGAUGUCAGACUUUUCUUUCGGACACCUGGGUGCACAUAAUGUUUGCUCACAGACACACACAUCGGUCACAAGCCUCUGAUACUUUGUGUUUUGAUAGGAGAUGUUGCAUUCCAUGUUUUUUCUUUUUUUGUUUGUUUUUUCACCCUUCAUACCUCUCUGCCUUUUCAUAUUGACCUGCAUAUUCCCUCCCAUGCAGCAAAUAAGCCCUGGGCUGGUGAAAGCAGUGGUGCCACUAGUGAAGAUCACAAUUUUAGUUUUUAACAAACGAGAAGUUUGUUCAUUGUGGUUCAAGUUUUGAAGAUUAGGAUACUGGGCACUCAGUGGUGUGUAUGUCUUUACACAAUGAACACAAGCCAUGUGAACUGGUUUCACACUUACUCACUGCUCGUCCUAACUGUUCAGAUUAGGAUCUGCAAGUCAUCUGGAGUGAUGCUGAAAAAGAAAGGCACUUUUGGUUAAAGAAAAACUCUUAAAGCUCAUGACUGCCUCGCCCAAUUUUUCUUCUUUCACCGACGAGUUAAAUCAUCGGUGAAGAAGUAAGAAUUAUCCCAUCUGCAAGCAGGCGGAGCGAGGUCGGUGAUUCCCCAGACCACAAGCUCCUGCUUGUCUCGGCCAUGUUGAUUUCUAUUAAUUUUCUGGCUCGCGGGGUGGACAACAAAGUAACUUCCUGCUGUACUGAACUGACAUAAAAUGUAUUGUGACAAUGCACUGUAUAAUUUGUAUGUAAUAUUUAAUGAUAGAUUAUAAUUAAAACAUAUUACAUUAAUACA